AUGGGAAACGUGAAAGUGGCUAAGCCGGUGGUACAAAGCGGUGUUAAUGCUACUUCGUUUGGUGCUUCUAGUGCUUGGAUAAACAACAAUGUCUACUCCUCCAGCAUGUACCAAAUACGAAGGAACGAGAUUAGGCGGGCACACCAUCCGUACCUUGCUUCCCAUUUCUUUUUUAUUUCCUUUCAGUCCAAAGAAAUGGGAAAUAAGAAACGCAAGAGUCUUUCUAACGAAGACAUUACCCAUAACAAAAGAAAAACAGACAAGGCUGAGGAAGCUGAUAACGAGCAGGUACCACUUCAUUACCCUGUUUCUUCAAGCAGUGGUAAUGAUAGUGGUCCUCCCGUCAUCGGCUCUUCCAGUGAUGCCGAGUCUAGUCAACCACCACUCCCCAAAAAAAGGAAGCCAAACACAGCCAUUCUUCAAAAAGAAACGAAAAAGGAAGAAACCGCUUUGACAACGUUAUCCCCCGAAGGGAAAGAAACCGUUGUGGGUGCGUUAUGCCCAAAAGGGGAGGAAACCGCAAACCGGACAGAAAAAUACAAUAUUUGCAACAGCUGCAAUGUCAAGAUAAUUGGAACAAGUCUUUUGUUCCAGUUGGCAGCACCAAAAAGCAACAGUUGUUGCAUGGGAUGUUAUAAGCUGGAUGGAUUUCUUUCUUCAGGCCAGGAUAAAUCCGAGUUCAAUAUGUGGUUGAAAACCCACAAAAUACCCAGUAAUGAUCGACCGCCGGUGUUGUCCGAAGAAACGCUGACAAAACGAUUGGGCGCCCGAAGAAAGGGCAUGAAAAUCCGUAUCUCCAAAAAAAAAAGCAACGGAUCAAAACUUGCUUCAGUCGAACAACUAAAGAAAAUGUGCAAAGAAAGUCAGUAUCGAUGCAUAAUUACCGGGUGUGAAAUAUCUUUUCACGAUCUUAAAAAGCAAAGAUACCCAUAUUGGGCACUUUCCAUCGACCACAAGUUCCCCUUAACGCACUGCAGAAAUGAUCCCUUUGCCUGGACCAUUGGCAAUCUCCAAGCCAUGGCCGGCAGCAUUAAUGCUAUCAAGGGUGAUCUGUCUGAUGACGAAGUUAAACGUUGGUACGAUCAGUACUUCUAUAAAAAUUGUAAAUAA